AUGACAGUGAAUAUGGAUAACCCAUAUUAUUUAUUAAAUUGUCUAAAUAUUGAUUCCAAAGUAUUGAGUCAUAGGAUUUUACUGCUUGAAGAAAUGGGUGCUAGAAACAUAUCUUUGGAACAUAUUUCCAGAUUUCCAACAUUUAUGCUCAAAACGAUAAAAUCAUUUAAGCGAUAUCACAAUAUCCCACACGAUGAAUGUAUAGCAAAAAACAUAUUCAAAAGUAUUGGAUUGACCUAUGAUGCCAAUUUUGAAACAAAAGAAUCCUCUACAUGUAUGUCGCAGUUGUAUCUCCUAUGUUUAGCAUAUUAUAAAACAGUUUAUCUCAACAUAGAAGUAACACAGUUUCUGUGGAAGAAGUAUCGGAGCUUCAGGGUAUUACAUAAAUUAGCAAAUAUUUUUAAAAAGGAUCUUCGCCUGAGCAAAGAUUUCUUAAACAGAAAUUCCUUUCUGCUAAAUUUGGAUUUGGAUCAAGUAACUAAUUUUAUAAAUAAAUUCAAAAGUGUUCAAAUAUGUGGAGUAGACAGUUACGAUGUGAUAAGAAAGUGUCCACGCCUCUUGCGUUGGGAUGCAAAUAAUACCAUAGACUUGCUAGAUAUCUGCAAUAAAUAUGGAAUAUCGGAUGAAAUAAUUCAUCAACAUAUAGAUGUUUUAAGAUUGAAAAAACAUGACUUUAUCAAUAGAUAUAGUACAUUGGCAAACCAUCCUGAAUUUAGUGUGUGGAUAAAGCAUCCGAUGCUGCCAUACGUGAUGCUAAUAAUUAAAUGCGCUAUGGAACGUGUGGAAAUUCUUCGUAGCAUGAAUCGUUUGGGCAAUAUCUCUUUUCAUACACUUUAUACUACAAGACGAACUUUCUUCAGAAGUUACGCGCAUGGCCGACAUCCUCAAGUAGCUAAGAGAAGGUGUUUCCAAUUUAUAUUUAAGGAACACCUUGGAGAAGACUAUCUACAUUUGUCUAAUUAUAUAACAAGACAUCCUCAUUGGAGAAAUAUACCAUUUUCUCAUGUAGCGAAAAUGCUAAAAUAUUUAAAGUCAAUUUAUUCGGUGGAAGAUAUAUCUCAAAACAUUCAAAUCAUAUUGUAUCCACAGGACGUGAUCAAGAAAAUGUUGACGACAAUAAAUGACAGGUGUGCCGCAAACAAAGAAAAUGAUUUCACUCCAAGCCAACGUCUCGCAUUGUGUGUAUACAUGUUAGAGAAAAUGUACCAUUUUACUGGCGAUGCCGUUUGGAAAAUAAUGUACAGUGACGAAAAUGAAAAUACUAUGUUGAACGCUCCAGAAAACCGAGAUGACGUCAAUUUCGAGGAUUUCGACGAAUGUCUAAAUGGUGUGUAG